UAAACCCCCACAAACCCCUCUCUAUUUCAUCGCAAAUCGCUUUCGUUUCUGAUCAAAAUAUACAGUCUCUAGAAGUUCCCAGAUACAAUACAAUGGCCAACGUUAAUCUCUUUCUCCUAUGCUUCACUUUAUUGUUCUACUUCUCCCAUCGGCAGCGAGACAACCUGCCGCUCUCGGUCGAAGCAGCAGCCCGCCCGCGAUGACCUACCAAAGGGCCUCAUCCGUCACCGGAACGACCUCAGCAACCUUCAUCUGGUACGGUAGGUUCACCGCCCCUCAGCGAGCCAUCGUAUCCGACUUCGUCGCCUCCUCUCCUCUUCUCCAAGAAGGGACGGUAGACCAGAAGCAGCCUCGGUCUCCUCCUGUGCGAGGACGAUGGAGACAGUACUUCUCGGUCGAGACCAGAAUGCAGAGGGCUCGCCUCGCAGCCGAUUCCUCGACUAGUGCAUACCCGAUGGGGAGUCACUUCACGGGCGCCCAAAUUGGCCAAGGCUGGCAGCCUAAAAGGGCCCUCAGAGCUAACGACAUCAACCGUGUCCUCCACCUCCGAAUGACGUGGCGGUCGAUGGAUUCUGCCAUUGACCGCUGCGGGGCCCCGCCGUUGUCUCUCCGGUCCAAAACCAGGUUCGCUUACAUCUGGGUCGGUAACUCGGCGACCCAGUGCCCGGGCCAGUGCGCGUGGCCGUUCCACCAGCCGAUGUACGGGCCCCAGUCCCCGCCGUUAGUCGCCCCUAACGGCGACGUCGGGGUCGACGGGGUGGUGAUCAAUCUGGCGAGCUUGCUGGCUGGGACCGUCACGAAUCCGUUCGGCAACGGGUUCUUCCAGGGGCCGAAGGAAGCGCCGUUGGAAGCCGCGUCGGCCUGCCCCGGGGUCUACGGGAAAGGGGCCUACCCGGGCUACGCUGGGGAAUUGCUGGUGGACCCCGCAACUGGUGCCAGCUACAAUGUUAACGGGGCCCACGGGAGGAAGUACCUGGUCCCGGCGUUGUUUGACCCGUCGACGGCGUCUUGCUCUACUUUGGUUUAAGAAUAAUUAGAUGUGAAAACAUUAGUUUUUACAGGGUAAUGUAAUGUAAUAUAUAUACAGCUAAGGGCAAGGAGGAUUAGAUGCUUCGUAGUUC